AUGGCCGAGGGUCACGCAAAAGCAGAGCACGUAGCCCGAGUAGUGGAGGAACAGCAGAAAGUACGACCGGAGAAAGCCGUCUCGUCCGCCUCUUCCACGCCUGAAUCCUACUCCAAGGGCGGCGGAGGAGGAGGAAACCUCCGCCGCACCAUCGCCGCCGCCGUAUUCGUCGUGAUUCUCCUGGUGGCCGCCAUAUACGAGCUGAAUUUCACGGCGGCGACGGUCAUCUCGACGUCCGUGCAGUUCAGCGUCUUGGCUCGAAACCCGAACAGGAGGGUGACCGCACACUAUGACAGGCUGAGGAUGUACGUGACGUACAGGGACCAGAUGAUAACGCCGCCGGUGGAGCUUCCGCCGCUGAGGUUACCGGAGAAGACGACGGUGGUGAUAGCUCCGGUGAUGGGAGGAAACGGAGUGCCGGUGGCGCCGGAGGUGGCGAACGGGCUGAGGAUGGAUGAGUCGUACGGCGUGGUUUCGAUGAGGGUCGUGCUUCAGGGCAGGCUACGUUGGAAGGCCGGCGGUAUAAAAACUGGAGGGUACGGAUUGUACGUAACGUGUGACGUGUGGCUGAGAUAUAAGAGAGGUUUCUCUGGUCAAGCUCCUCUUCUUGCUCCUCCGACAUGUAAAGUUGAUGUCUAAUUAUUAUCUCUUUAGUUUUUCUCCGUAUAUUUGUUUUUAUAUACAUUUGUCUCUUUGGGCUCUAAUUAAGUCUUCCAAAUAUGUAAUCUCCCUUUUUCCUUUUUCGCUAUAAGUGGGUCAAUCGUUGUUUUACGUUGUUGGGUUUUGAGUCUGUCCUUUGUAAUAAGCUUUUCUGCGGAUAAUACAGAGGCAUAAUCCGAAUAUCGCAAUGUUUUGUUUA